AUGCAUCAAAGGAAAUAUUCUUUGGAGUUAAUUUCAGAAGAUCCACUACCAACACAUAUAGCUGCAUAUCAAAGAUUGAUAGAAAAGUUAUUAUACCUAACUGUUACUAGACCAGAUAUUGCAUUUGGGGUGCAAAUACUAGUGCAAACACUAAGUCAAUACUUACAGCAACCUAAGAAGACUCAUAUGAAUGCUGCUUUAAGGAUUGUUAGAUACAUUACAGCCCAACCUGGUCAAUGUGUGUUGAUGUCAAGCAAGCCUAUUCAAACUAUGAGUGUGUAUUGUGAUGUUGAUUGGGCAGCAUGUCGCCAUACUAGAAUAUCAGUGUCAAGAUUUCUAGUUAAGUUGGGUGAAUCACUUGUAUCGUGGAAGUUUAAGAAGUAA